AUGAAAAACGCAAUUGAUAGGAGUUGUUUAGUCAUUUUCAUUAUAAUCGGUACUAUUAAUGCCAUAUUUGUACCACAAGGUAUUACAGAAUAUCCUAAAAAUCCAAUAUGGCCUAAUUAUUUAGCAGAUCCAUUUACAUUUGAAUUCAAUGGAACUUAUUAUAUGAUCGGUACUGGUGUUGUUUUGAGUGAAAAUAAAACUACUUUUCCAUCGCUUAGAUCUGAUGAUCUAAUUGAAUGGACAUAUUCUGGUGAUAUUCUAAAUGUGAUAGAACAGCCCGAUCAACCUUUUUCAUAUUGGGCACCUGAAAUAGCUGAAAAAGAUAAUAUUUUCUAUUUAUUUUAUUCCGUUGGAUUUGACGAUAAACAACAUCGUUUACGUGUUGUAUCAUCGAGUUCACCACUGGGUCCCUACUAUGAUAGUCAAUCGAUAGAAUUAACUAAUGUAACACAACUUUCAUUUGCUAUUGAUCCUCAUCCAUUUCAAGAUCAAAAAGAUGGCCAAUGGUAUCUAUUUUAUAGUCGAGAUUUUCUUGAUAAAAAUAAUAAUUAUCGUGUUGGAACAGGUAUUGUAGUUGAUCGUCUUAUUAAUAAUAUGACUCGAUUAGCUGGUAAUGAAAGUAUUGUUUUACGCGCACAACAUGAUUGGCAACUUUACGAACGUAAUCGAUCUAUGUACCAUGACAUCUAUGACUGGUAUACGUUGGAAGGUGCAGCGACUUGGCAACAAGAAUCAGGAGUAUAUAUAUGUUUCUAUAGUGGUGGCAAUUGGCAAAAUACAUCGUAUGGUGUUGAUUAUGGGAUUGCUUAUUCGUCGCCUAUGGGACCGUAUACAGAAGAUUCAACUAAUCAAGCUCGAAUUACACAUUCAAUAAAAGAUAUUAUUAUGGGACCGGGACAUAACUCAAUUAUUGUUGGACUUGAUAAGAAAACUACCUAUCUUGUUUAUCACGCAUGGAACCAAGCAAAAACAAUACGUUCACCAUAUAUAAGUGAAUUGAAUUGGCGAACAAUAGUACCAAAUAAUUCAAGUAGUGGACAUGAUCUUAUUCAUUUUAUACUUCUGUUUCUUGUUUAUCUUAUAGUUAUUCUCUUGAUUUUUCAUCAUGCUUUAUAG